AUGAAACGAACAGAACGUAGUUGGAUGUAUGAAAGGAGGGUUGGGCAAAGUAUUAAUCCAGAGUUCGUGAAAGGGGUUGAUGAAUUCAUUCAAUACGUCAAAGAUAAUCACGAGAGUAGUAACCCGAACGAAGUUAGGUGUCCAUGUGCUAAAUGUAAGAACAAACGACUUUGGGAUCCAGAAACGGUAAAAAUUCCUCUGUUUCGCACGGGUUUUAUACCUAAUUACUAUGAGUGGAUGUGUCACGGGGAAAGGUUUCCGAGAGUUCCUGAACGGCGGUCCAACGAAUACCGUGACAUGGUUUUCGAUGCUUUUCGUCAUAGUCAGGAUCAAGGGCAUUCAGAGCAAGCUAGUGUUUCAUCAGAGGAGGAGCCUAAUGCACAAGCUAAGCAUUUUUUGGAUUUGUUGAAGGCUUCUGAACGGCCAUUAUACGAAGGGAGUUCGUUGUCUAUGCUAGAGAUGGCCGCUAGAAUCACUAGUCUAAAGUGCGAGUAUAACUUGCCCCACAGAUGUGUUGAUGGGUUUGUUUCUUUGCUCAGUGAAGCAAUUCCUAACAAAAACCAUAUGGCCGACACAUUCUAUGAGGUGAAGAAGAUUGUGAAGGGCUUGGAACUGCCUCAUGAAAGGAUUCACGCAUGCCCGAAAGGAUGUAUGUUGUUUUGGAAGGCUGAUGCUCAGCUGUCGACAUGUAGGGUUGCAAAGGCUCUUUACAACCAAGAACAUUUCGGAGGAAAUGACAUGGCAUUCCAAAAAUCCCCGAGUUCAAGGCACAAUGCACACCUUAAUGAUAGUGAAGCUUGGAAACACCUCGACAGUUGCUUUCCAGAGUUUGCCUCCGAGCCUCAUAAUGUUCGGCUUGGCUUGUGUACAGAUGGUUUUGCUCCUCAUGGCAAGUUUGGGGGACAAUAUUCUUGUUAG